AUGCAAACACGUAAAAUCCAACGUAUUCCUGACUAUUAUCAAUAUUUAAGCGGACAAAAACAACUUCCAUUACAACUACAGCAACAACAACGUCCACCUCAUUCAACGAAUGUAAAGAGGAAUAAUAACAAUGAUAAUAAACUAGCACAAAUAAAAACAAUCUGUCAACGAAUUAUUAUAUCGAAAAUUAACGUUAAUCGAAAGAAUACAGCUGAUCAAAUAUGUGAAAAUGAACAAAUUGCAGAUAAACUAUUUAGUUAUAUUCAAAGAAACUUUAAGGUCAGUUUGAUUUUUCUAUUUAAGCAUUUUCGAGAUAUUGAUGUUAAAAUUAAAACGUUGAACAAAAUUAUAACAAUCAGUGAUUUACGUUUUCAUAUUUAUCGUGUUAAUGGCAAAUCGUAUAUUACUGAAUCAAUGCAAAAAAAUGAAACAGCAUGUAAGCACUUUUUUGGUUUAUCAUUUGUUACAUCCGUUCGUGUUUUGCCAUUAACAUGA